AUGAGUGCUUGGUAUUGGCCCGUUUGCCUUUGGGUCUGCGUUCCGGUGGCCGCUUGGAAACACGGUAUAUGCUCCAGCAUCAAGGGAAACACCUGCGUCGUGACAGGCAAUCGGACCUUCUCACGGGAGCAGAAAGUGCGAUGGUCCGGGAACAUUGAAUUUCGCGGGGGAUGGUGGCUUUGUGCCAACCGGGCCUCUUCCUACGAGAGCGUGCGCAUCGAGAUUGCCAUCCCUGGAACCUUCAGUCUGCUGGAAGGCUCGCUGCUGCACUGUCCCACCGUGGUCAUCCAAGCGAAAGUCGUCAUCAUCUCGGACAACUCGGAGAUCAGCUCGAACGGCACGUCGCACUCCCCUGAGCCGAACACAAACGUGGCCAGCGAUGCCUCUGCAAAGCUGUGGUCCUCCCCCCAGCGUGGUGCCUCACAUGGCGGCCUCGGAGGGACGGUCGCCGGCUGCUCGGGUGAGGAUGCGCAGCUGCAGAAGCGCUUAGCGCUAGUACAUGGCGACCCCUUUGCGCCCUGGCAGUUUGGCCGGGCUGCAGGGGGAGGGAACGUGGGCAAGCGCUCGGCUGGUGGGGGCCGCAUCCGCCUCAACGCGGAGACCCUGGUCCUCAAUGGAACGCUCUCUGCUUCUGGCGUCGCACCAGAUGAUGCAGAUGACGAUGAGGGAGCCGCCUGUGGCUCCGGAGGAUCCAUAUGGAUUGUGAGCAAUAUCAUCACGCAGCCGUCCAGCCAGCCCGCUGCAGUAGGCAACACCACAGGCGAAGUGGACUUCGUCGAGGACCUGAGCACUGGUGCCUCGGCCAUCCAGAAGGGCCGCAUUCUCGCCGUCGGCGGCUGCUGCCGCCGCUGCCUCUGCGGAGGCGGUGGUCGAAUCCUCACUGAGGUCCAUUCGGGCUCCGUGCCGCGCAACGUGAUCGUGGCCGGCGGCUGUUUCCGAGAAGCCCUGAAGAUGGAUGGCGAAGGCUGCCGCUGCGGCUCCGCCGGCACCUGGACCUUCCAUGUGGGGCCGCCAGGAGCUGGCAAGCGGCGUCGCUUUCCCGCGCCUGCGCCCUCGAGGCAGAGAUGGUGGUGGAAGAAAGCCAAGUCCGCCACCGCGCAGCAGAACCUCGAAAACUCGGUGUACACUGUCCGUGUGGACAACUCCUACGCCGUGCACCUGGCGGGUGCUAAGCUACCUCAGCCGACACCGCUGCCGUCGUUCCCCUCCCCCAUUACGUUGCAGGUCAACGACGCCUUGGUGGUGCCUUCGGAUCAAGACGCGGCCUGGCCUCUUACGGGGCUGGCCCUGCUCUCUGAUCAGACUGGCUCCACUCUCAGGCACCUGAGUACUGGGCCCCUUCUCUUGAAUUUCAGCAGAGACAACGACGGCCUGGAGCUUGCCUUCUCUUCCAUCAUUCAGGCCCGGGAGCUUCGCGUCCUCGGUCCCAAGCACAUCACCCUCCGCCAGAAUGCUGCCAUCGACGCAUCCGUGGCGUGGCUCGAGGCAACCGAGGAGAUCAAUGCCCACCAGGGGGCGCUCGGCCAGGGGGAGGGCAUCUUCAGCCUGCGGGCCCAGCGCGUGAUGCUGGGCAGCGGCCGCCUCCGUGCGGCCUCCAUCUUCGUGGAGCAGGACCUUGUGGUCAAGCAGGGAAGCCGGCUUCAGUCCAGCUUGCGGCGGUGCGACCAGCUGCCCACCUCGCUGACAGACCCCUGCGACACGCUCUUGGCGAUGCACUUCCAGAACCAGACCGCGGACAACGUCAGCUUCGACAUCGUUCUUGCAAGCAGGCAGGGCAGCAUCGUGGUGGAGGAGGAUGCUGAGAUGUAUGCUGGAGCCUUCCUGCUUUGCAGCACAGCGAACGUCAGUGUGCGGGGUCUGGUGAGCGCCAACGGCCUGGGCUGUGCCCCCAACCGUGGCGAGGGACCUGGCGCUGCGCCGCAGGAGAGCGUGCCCCGCCCGAAGCGCAUGGGCCAGGAAGAUCGCUGCGGAGGUGGCGGCGGUGGUCACUGUGGCAAUGGCGGUGACAGCGUGCGAAACCGAACGGGGACGCGCUGUGCUGGGACCGGAGGCCUGAAGUAUGAUGGUUGGUGGACAUCCGAAGUGGCCCGCAGCGCGACGCCGUCGCGACUGCCUACCUGGUCGGCCAGCGGUGGCGGCGGGGACACGGCAGGGGCCGGGGGCGGCCUUGUCUGGAUCCGGGCUUCUGUCCUGGAGAUGCCAUCCAACAGCACCAGCGUCUCUGCCAGCGGGGAGGAUGCUUCCUCAUGGGCGGACGGAAGCCGCGAGGGCUCCGGCGGCGGCGCCGGCGGCACUGUGAUCAUCAAUGCCACCAUCAUCAAUGGCAGCGGCAUGAUCAAGGCGGCUGGUGGCAGGGGAGGUGGCUGCGUGGGAGGCGGCGGUGGUGGGGGAGGCAUCGGCAGCGCAGGCCCAAAUGCAUCCGAGGCCUGGGCCGCCUUCACGGGGAGCCUGGAUGUCCAGGGAGGCAUGGGCGAUCCCUCCCCGUACUGCGGGCGCCAGAUGGGCCAGAGAGGUUGCGUCGGCGAGCUCCUUCAGCUGGGGGUUUGUCGACCCGGUCACGCUGGCAUCUACUGCGCGGAGUGUGCGGCAGGCACAUACAACCCGCCGCAGUCGCCAGAGAACCUCACGUCCAAGUAUCGCAUAUGCCUGCCAUGCAAGAACAAGCCCACCGGGGGCUACUACACGGCCACGGGCUGGCUCAACGAGUCGUGUCCCUACGCCUGCCCAUCGGGCUUCCCGCCAGUGGAGGUGAACCCAGACUGUGAUGAUCCCUGGAGCUACUACUUCGCCUUCUUUGGAGGCGUUUGGGGCGUCGUGAUGCUGAUCCUGGUGAUGGCGGUGAGCUUCGGCCUCCUGGUCUCCGCAAAGCGGGUCCAGACACGCCGGCGCUUGCAGUGGCUGCAGAAGCAGCGCCACACCGGCCGGCAAUUCGUAGGAAUGAACGACGAAGCCAUGCUGCUCUUCGAGUCCUUGCGGGGAAGGCACCCCCUCGCAGAUCUUGACAUUGGACAUGGUACCGGUGGCGCUGUCCACACGAACAUCGACGCUGUGAACAGUCUGCGCAGCCGCACUGUGGGCGAAUCACGUCCGAGAUGGUUCCUGGGCUACGUCGCGAGCAUGUGGCGAAAGGUUCGCCACCGUCGAGGCUCAGACCUGAAGGAGGCGCACUUGCUGAAUGUCGGGGAUCUGCCACAUCACACUCAGCGCAUCUACCUCCAGGGCGAGAACACUCCCCGGGAUCCGUGGCGGCUCGCGCCGCAGCCUCCCGAGGAGCUCCGAUUGUUGGUCGACGAGAACAGAUGGGCUGACUUCGCCCACCAGAUCAACACCCGAUGCUGCGAGAGGAUGCGAUCCCAGCUAAUGGCGGAGGGCGUCCUCCGUUGGCUGUACCUCCCGGUCGCCGAGUACUUCCGGUGGCACCUUCGAUUUUCCAGAGCCGCAGAUGUUGCGGCAUACGUAUGGUCGUUGAGCGAGGCGUCCGGUGCAAACGAGACGCUCUGGUCCCUGAGCAUCCCGAACCCCAGCCGGUUUGGCCUGAAGUUCGGUACCGAUCGUGAGAUGACGCUGGCAUACGUGGAUGUGCUAGACUACUCCAAGACGCUCGAGGACUGGGCGAUCAAGCCAGCCCUGCCCAUGGUCAUCACAGCGGCGGGGGACGGGGAGUACACAGCCCCGUAUCACCUGGACUACGCGGAUCCUUUCGUGCAGUCUGUGGGCCAGUACUUGGGUCGCCGGAUUUGGCACCAGGUGCUCUUGCCUUUUAACCUCCUCGCGCGGCUCCUGCCGCCAAAUCCCAGCGAGGAGGACCUUCGACCUUUGUUUAGAUCGAUGCAGCGUGUGUCUUCCAGGGUUCUGCUGCAGACGGACAUCGAGUGCCAUGCCAUCCUUUUUGAAUCCUUGGUUCCAAAGACGAGCCACAAAGUUGGAAGAAGGAGGUCCAGCACUGAUGUCACGCCUGUGGGCAGACAAAGCUCCUGGGACAUACACAUCGAAGCCGCGAUGCACUUCGAGUCAAACCGUACAGGUCCUGGCAAGUCGGGCUUGAACGGCCUGAGCUCCGAGCUGAAGACUCCUACAGGGGUCUUGACGCCGGUUCCGCAGUCUGUGGAACACACGAUGCGCCGAAGGCUUGCGCUGGUACUCACACAGCGGGCCAACCACCCGUCGGCAUCGUCCCGACUGGACGCCCCCCCGAGCACAACCAAGCUCCGCGCAGUCAUGCCAGCCCCGAUGGCAUGCUUGGUCUCUCCCACCGAGUGCCUGAACUUCGUUCAGAACUCUCCGAGCUUCUGCCCGUCGCCCAUGCCGGAGGUGCCGGAACUGCCGGAGUUGGAACGAGCAUCCUCGACAUACCACGACUUUGACAGUAUGUUGAGGCAGCGCAGCUGUGGACGCGGAGGUCCUGCUCUGACAGUGGCCUUCCGAGACUGCGGCUGGGGGGAGAGCGAGCCGCUCUCGCCACAGACCACUGUGGGGACUGUUGCGGACAGCGGCGCGGAGGAGCCCUCUCGGAGGCGCCGUGUGAGGCGCCGCUGCCAGUGCUGCCAGCGGCUGCUGCCGAUGUUCGCGGAGCUGGGCGGCGCCUUCUGCGUGAGCUUCGUCCGCCGCGUGGAGGCCGCGCUCUACUUCGUGGCCGCUCCGGGCAACCACUUCUACAACUGGUACUUGCGCAAGCUGAAGGCCUUCAAUGCCAUCGGUGGCGUUGGGCGCCAGCCAGGCCUGUACCUGCGACAUCGCAAGCCGCGGGGUUCGCAGGAGUACACGCUCCUGUUGCUCAUGAUGACCCUGGCGAUCGCAACCCUUGGCUUCAUCGCGCAGUCUGCGAUCCUCUUCAGGCUUCAGCCACGGCAUUCGGCCUUCUUCGCUGCCUUGCUUCUUCCGCCCUUCGCCGACCUCUUAGCGCUGGUCAACACCACGCUCUUCCUCUGCGGGGCUGCGGAUGGGACAACCUGCUGCCUUUUCGUGGUGGCCUCCAAUUGGAACUCGGCAAUUGGUCUACUGUUCCGCGUUGCGGCCAUGGACACCUGGCUUUCCUCGGGGCUCCUGCAUGUGCUGGGUGAGUACUUGAUCGUAUUCGUGAACAAGGUGUUCAUGUGCCGAUCAGUGAACAUGACCAUUGCCUACUACGAGGCCGAGCCUGCACUGCUGGAGCCCGGCGGAGAUGAUGCCGACCACGAAUGGGUCAAGGAGCACGUGCUCUUCCGCCCAGCUGCAAGAAGCAUGAGGGAGCGAGCCCGCACGCUGACUUCCCGACCGCCGCCGCUAGAGGAAGGCUACGCGGAGCAGAACUCACGGAGCUGGCUGAUGAAGGGCCUCGACUCCGGCACAAGCGAGCACAGGCCGCUAGCGGCCCUCAUCUCAGACCUCACAGAGCAUGCGGAGCAGGAGCGGCCCUCCCCAAGCAGCAAGCGAUCUCCACGCUUGGCCCAGUCGAUGCCAUCCGGCGACAGUGUUUCUGAUGGAUGGACCCCGCUCCUCAAGCAAGUGAGCAGCAACAAGCCAUCGUUUCAUUUCGAUCGUACAGACUCACCUGAACGGACGUGA